AUGUCAGGCAUACCAUAUCUUCCUAGGGACAUUUCCUUUGACGAGGAGGAGGAUAGCAGGAUCUUGGCCGCUAUCAAGUCCCGACGUCCGUCAGGGUUAUCAGCCUUUGAUCGAGUGUUGCUUCAUGCCCCAAAAAUCGCUGGGCCAUGGCUUGAACUAGCUUCAGCAGUUCGGUUCAAAACAUCUAUUUCUUCUUCGAUUCGCGAGACCGCUAUUGCUCGCGCGUAUUCCAUCAAUAGAGUGGAGGAAGAGUGGAACAUACAUUCAGCCAACCUUCUCAAGUCCCCGGAUAACUCAAUCACGGCUCAAUUUGUAGACUUUGUCAAGAACUGUCCAACCGGCCAAGUUCUGUCCAGGUAUAAAGCCGCAGGCCUAUGUGAGAAAUAUGCGGCAGUCCUCGCUCUCACGGACGCAAGCACAUUGCAGAUCCAGGUGCCCGCAGAAGUGUUGGAACUUGCAAAAGAGUUCUUCUCUAGUCAGGAAUUGGUCGAGCUUCUUGCAGCCAUAGCACUUCACAAUGCUGUCGCAAGAGUAUUUGGGGCUUUUGAUAUCAAACUCUAA